GGCGGGCAGCGGAGCCGUCGGCGGGGCGGCCGCGCAGCAUGGAGGAGGGCGGCCGGAGCCCCCGGGAGGAGGCGGCCGAGCCGCAGGAGUCCGGCGGCGACGCGGAGCCCGGCGGCGGCGGCGGGCGGCGGGGACUGCUGCUCCCCCCCGGUGACCCCCCGCACCCCCAUCCGCACCCGCACCGCAUCACCAACUUCUUCAUCGACAACAUCCUGCGGCCCGAGUUCGGGCGGAGGAAGGAGGCGGGCGGCCCCGACGGAGAGCCCCGGCGGCCCGGCGCGGAGAGCCGCCGCAGCCCCGCCGCGGCGCCGGCCCCCGGGGCUCCGCUGCCCGGCGGCGGGGCGGGCUCGCCGGGCCGGGGGGAGGGCGGCCCCGCCGGGCUGGCCCUGCACGGCGCCGCCAAGAAGGGGGGGGACCCCGCGGCGCUGGAGGCGGCCCUGAAGGCGCGGGGACUGAGCGGCGGCGACCUGUCGGUGAGCUCGGACUCGGAUAGCUCCCAGGCCAGCUCCAACGCCGGGAACCAGCCCAUGCUGUGGCCCGCCUGGGUGUACUGCACGCGGUACUCGGACCGGCCCUCCUCAGGUCCCCGCUCCCGCAAACCAAAGAAGAAGAACCCCAACAAGGAGGACAAGCGGCCUCGCACCGCCUUCACCGCCGAGCAGCUGCAGAGACUCAAGGCCGAGUUCCAGACGAACCGGUACCUGACAGAGCAGCGGCGGCAGAGCCUGGCCCAGGAGCUCGGGCUCAACGAGUCCCAGAUCAAAAUCUGGUUCCAGAACAAACGAGCCAAGAUCAAGAAGGCGACGGGCAGUAAGAACUCCCUGGCAGUGCACCUCAUGGCCCAGGGGCUCUACAACCACUCCACCACGGCGAAAGACGGCAAGUCGGACAGUGAAUAG